AUGAAGACCUUCCCGCUGUCCAGGGGCAGCAGCAUCUCCCUCGCCCUCUUCUCUGACGUCUCCAACAGCCGGGAGCUCCUGGACUUGAUGCAGUCAGGGAAGCUGGAGCCGGAGGUCGCUUUCCUCAAUGCGUCAUUGGUGCCGGAUGUGUUCCCUGUCCUUGCGGCAGCCCUUAAGGCGCUGUUGUCGAAGACGAGGGAAUCACUGACCACAAGGACUCUGCACUCUGAGCUCGUCUACAACUACUCGGGGUCCAAACAUAUAACGGAGUCUCUGAAGCGAUGUGGGAUUUCUGAUGACACAACUUACAUCCUUGCUGCUUGUUUUGAUGCUUCUGACGAGGAGAUGAAGGCAGUGGAGAAGCUCAUCAGUGGCACUGAGAUUGAUCUAACAGAACUGGAAAGAAGAGCAAACCAACCACAGAUCUUGAAGCAUUACAAAAUACCUCCCCAAGAACUAUCAAUAUCUACGUUGCCGGACGCAAUUGUAUGCAGGAUUGCUGCUCGAGAUGCUCUGUAA